CAGAUCUCUUUCAACUAAUGUACCAAUCAUACUCUGAUCACUAGCUCUAACCACCCUUUUCUUUUUAUAAGGCGAUGAUCUCUUACAUUCUGGGACGUAAGAAAUUCCUCUCUCUCUCUCUCUCUCUCUCUCCCCGUGACACCAUGAGGAUCAAUGUGAAAGAAACGACGAUGGUGAGGCCGAUGACAGAAACACCAAGUGGGAGUCUGUGGCUCUCGAAUUUGGACUUACUAAUGCCUGCUACCUUCCACAGCCGCUCCGUACACUUGUACCGCUCCAACGGCGCCGCCAACUUCUUCGACGUUGCCUUACUGAAGGCGGCGCUUGGGCGGGUCCUGGUUAACUUCUACCCCUAUGCAGGGAGGCUGGAGAAGGCUGACAACGGCCGCAUCCAGAUCAACUGCAACGCCGAGGGAGUGUUGUUCGUCGAGGCGGAGUGCGACGCCGUAGUCGAUGACUUGGGUGAUUUCGGCCACCGCGCCCUCGACCUCUCUCUCGCCCCUAAAGUCGAUUAUUCCCUCGAAAUUUCCACUAUCCCGCUUUUGAUACUGCAGUUGACUCGCUUCAAAUGCGGUAGCAUUUCCUUGGGCAUCGCAAACGAGCACCACAUCUCCGACGGGACAUCCGCCCUCCAUUUCAUCAGCACGUGGUCUGACGCCGCCCGCGGCCUAACUGCCACGGCCGUCCCCCCUGUCCUCGACCGCCGCCUCCUCUCCGCGCGCAGCCCGCCGCAGCCCCAGUUCCCCCACGACGAAUACCAGCCCCCGCCACGGCUCACAACCCCUCUCCCUCUCCCCAACACCGACAAAUCGCACGCAACCUUCAAACUCACCCCCGACCACCUCCGCGCCCUCAAGCAGAGAUGCAAAUCCAGCUACACCACCUACGAGGUGGUCACCGGCCACGUGUGGCGCUGCAUCUGCGCCGCCCGCCGCCUCCCCAGUGACCAGCAAAGCAGGCUGCAAAUCCCGAUGGACGCGCGCAGGAGGCUGGCGCCCCCCCUGCCGCCGGGUUUCUUCGGCAACGUGCUUUUGUUCACCACUUCGACCGCUCUGUGCGGCGAGCUGGUGUCGAAUCCGGUGGAGUUCGCGGUGGAGAAAGUCCACGCGGCGCUGGGUCGGAUAGACGACGAGUACUUGAGGUCGGCGGUUGAUUACUUGGAGGUGCAGCUGUCGAAUAUGCACGCCAUCGCGCGCAGCGAGAGCAACGUGAAUUGCCCUAAUUUUGGGAUCGUGAGCUGGGUGCGGCUGCCUUUGUACCCGGAUUUCGGGUGGGGGAAGCCGGUUUACGCGGGGCCGGCGGCGGCUCCGUAUGAAGGGAAGGGAUAUUUGUUCGUGGAUGGGGAGAGUGAAGGGGGUUUGUUGCUUAUGAUCACGCUGCUCAACCCACAUAUGGAGGCCUUUCGCAACUUGCUCUAUCAUAUUUGAAAUCUACUGUUACUGGUAAUGCUUGAAUGUGUCGUAUAUGGAUCAUGUGUUAUUUAAUUAAGAACUAGUACACUCGCCCGUCGAUGCACGGCGAAUAUAGCUUUACAUCAAAAUUAAACGAUGUAGUGUGUGUACCGCUAAAUGAUUAGGGUUAAUGUCUAAAACUGAAGGUCUUGGGUUCGAUUCCCCUUUGGCACGACCUUUAAAUUUCUUUAUUUAAUCAUAUUAAUUUAUAUAAAAAAAUUAAAUGAUGUAUUAAAUGAAUAAAAAAAAUAAAUAUUAAAUAUAGUUAGAAUAUAAGUAAAUGUAAAUUAUUUUUUCUUAAAAAAUUAAAAUAAUAUACAUCAAUUACUCAGUAAAGAUCCUUAA